AUGGAUCUCACAAUAACAAGGCAUUUCAGUUUGGAUGAAUCGUCAAUGCGAAGUGGAGCGCUCGUAGCAAUGGAGGCGGAGCCCGACCUCAGUACCUUCGAGAACAAAUCUGGACUCGCUGAAGACAUGAAGUUCCUCGCCUCAAUGCCUGAACUCUGUGACGUCACUUUCCUCGUAGGAGACACUAGGGAACCUGUGUGCGCUGUCAAAGCCGUGCUAGCGGCUAGAAGUAGAGUAUUUCAAAAGAUGCUGUACCAAGCACCAAGCCCUCAAAGAAAGAAGGAACCAGCACCCCGUGAAAACAAGUUACGGCUGUUUCUGAAACGAUCAUCUGAACCACUUCUGAAUUUACAAAAUGCUGCUCAACAGAGAUCGACUUUCGCGCAACAAUUGGCUCCAAUACAAGAGCCUUCUUCGCAACAGCACCAGACUCUGAUCAUUGAAGAAUUUGAACCGGAUGUGUUUCGUCAGCUGAUUGAAUACAUCCACACUGGAUGCGUCACUUUACAACCGAGAACGCUUCUGGGUGUUAUGAACGCUGCAGAUUAUUAUGGUUUGGACGAGCUGAGGCGAGCUUGCGCUGGUUUUGUUCAGUGCUGUAUAACUGUCGAUACUGUGUGCGCGUUGCUUGCUUCCGCUGAAAGAUACAUUCAAUACAAAUGCACAAAAUCAUUGGUGCAGAAGGUUCUUGAGUUCGUAGAUGAACAUGGAAAUGACGUUUUAAAUCUGGGUUCGUUCACCUUAUUACCGCAGCAUGUUGUCAGGUUAAUAUUAGCGAGGGAUGAGCUCCGGGCAGAUGAAUUUACCAAGUUUCAGGCGGCUUUAAUGUGGAGCAAGAAAUAUUGUGACACAAAUCAAAACAUGUCUUUGAAGGAUGUAAUUGGAAAUUUUUUGGAAUAUAUCCAGUUUCAUAAAAUUCCUGCUAGUGUACUCAUGAGAGAGGUCCAUCCUCUCGGCUUAGUGCCAUAUUCCAUCAUAAUGAACGCUUUGGCAUAUCAGGCAGACCCGGCCAGCGUAGACCCAGGCAAACUAUCUCCGGCGCGAAUCCGGCGCGCCGGCCGUUCUAUGUCUGUGCAGUCCUCGCUUGACCCCUACGGCUCCAAUACCACCCUGUCCUCGACCGGAUCGAGCGACGGUCCAUCAUCUGACUCUCGGCACAACUAA